AUGACAGAGGUCGAUGUCCGUCUAGGAAUGAACGGGCUACCGGCUUCCAGAAUGACACCCGACCCUCCAGUGAAGCGGGCAUUCGAUGAGCUGGAAACUACUGAUCGUCCUAAUACUGCAACGACACAAUCUAAUGUCGAGAAUUAUGUGGAUCCGAAACCGUCACCCGCCCUCAACCCAUCUGCUAUAGACACAAUCUCUUCUAACAUUACAGGCCCCCCACCAUCUGGCAAUGGAACUGUUGAUGGCCCAGCUCCCUCUACGCCGAAAGGCAAGCCUGGAAAUCCUAACAAGAAACGGAAACUAUCACCUGCUAGUAAAGAGGCUAGGGAACGACAGAAGGCAGAGGAGAAGGCCAAGAAGGAAGAGGAACGAAAAGCGAAAGAAGAAGAGAAAAGAAAACGGGAUGAGGAGAAAGAAGAGGAGCGUAAAAUAAAAGAAAAAGAGAAAAAGAAGCGCGAAGAGGAGAGGGAGGAGAAAAAACGACAGAGAGAAGAGGAAAAGCAGGCCAAGGAAGAUGAGAAGCGUAGAAAGGAGGAAGAAAAGCAAAAGAAAGAGAGGUCACAAAUGAAGCUGAAUGCCUUCUUCACAAAACCGAAGGCCAGCCCCAGCUCUUCAAAUGGAGCAGAGCUCAGUGGAGCUAGAUCCGCCGCUAACUCGACAUCUGAGUCCAUGAAUAAAGAAUCCAACCCGGCCUCUGACUUCGAGCUUGAAUUUCCCCCCUUUUUCAUUCAGUCACACGUGAAACUUGCUCCAAGCCAUCGGUUCGAGCGAGACCCUAGUUCCCUAGGCCACGCUUGCGAAAAGCUCGACAGACUCUGUAAAACAAAUUUUGGACUAGCUGAUACCAUUUCACCGCAACAGUAUAAUCCUACCGAGCUAUUCAAAAUGAUAUCAUAUAAACGUCACCAGGGUAAUCCAACAACUCCAUCUGUGAAAGAUAUUCUACUUAAACUCCAGGAACCUCAACAUAAUAGUAUUGACCUUACGGAUGCAAAUGGCACGGCAACUCGGGUAGAAAAGCUACUCCGAAGAAUACCCAUGAAGGUUCUAAAUUUCAGAGAAGACGUUAGGCCGCCAUAUCAAGGCACUUUUACCAAACGGUUAGAACGGACUGCCGCGCGAAAGCUAUGUCGAAAUCCAUUCUGGCGAGGUGUGCCUGACUUUAAUUACGAUUACGACUCAGAAGCUGAAUGGGAAGAACCUGAAGAAGGGGAGGAUAUCGUUUCAGAAGGCGAAGAUGAAAUAAGUGACGACGGAGAAGAUGAUAUGGAUGAUUUCCUAGACGAUGGAGAUGACGAGCCCGCGAAUACCAAACGGAGGAUGAUUGUUGGAGAUCUUGAACCGAAAUCUACAGGAAUAUGUUGGGCCGAAGACAGUGCCGAUAAUUCAAUAAUAAAUCAACACCGGAUGGAAAUUAUAUCAGAAGCCAUAUCCUUCCCCAUUGAUCCCUUUUCCACUCAAUACUGGGAGACAAAACCGAAAGUACAGCCAGGAAAAUCCCCCUUCAAAGUUCCCCAUAGGCCAUCCUCAACCAAAACAUCCUCUUCAAAAACUCAACAAUCUUUACUCUCUUCUUCUUCAGCAGCCCAAACCUCAAAUCAACCUACCCCAAUGGUGGUAAUAACAGUCAACAAACCAAAGCCUCGAAUUCAAUUCCCGGAAGACCAACUUUCUGAGUUCAAGGACGCGGUUUCAGGAAGUAAUUUAACCAAGGCCGGAUUAAUCGAAGUUUUAAAGAAAAGAUUCCCCAAGGUUUCCAAGGAUAUCAUCAAAGAGACUCUAACUGCCAUUGCGGCGCGACGGGGUCAAAAGGAAGUAGAUAAGAAAUGGGUUUUACUCUAG